UUAUUAUUUAAUGCAGACCACUUAGUUGGUAGUUUGUUCCCACAGGAAUUAACUGACAGUAGUUUUUGUGAGAGUUAAAAACAACUUGAUUAUUAGGGUUUUUCCCCUUUGUGCCAAAGCUUUUUGAUGGGAACUGUAAGGCUUGCCAAGUUGGAAUGAGGACUUACUAUAGCGGGGAAAAAAAAAAAAGGAAAUAGUCAUGUUUAAUUUGUGGUUGUAAAAGAUGACUGGAUUAUAGGGAAAGCUUUUAGGUUUCAGAAUAGUGUUAAGGAUGGUAGGGGAAGAGCACUGGCCAGGCAGUACUAGAAUAACAGGUCAUUUUGGCAAAGGAAACUAUUGUUAAUUCCUUAAGAGGCUUAGGGUGACACUUAAAACUAAAUUUAGGGUUAUGGCAAUGUGCUCAACUCCUUCAAUCCCAAAUACUAACACUAAAUUGAACUCCUCCCCACCUCCACUGCCUUUACUCCAGCUGAAAUUCCAGUUUCAGAAGAUGACAAAUCACAGGCCAUGCAAAUCUAACGGGGGAAAAAGAUGCUACUUGACACAUCAGUCUACAGAACAAUUUUUAUUGUUCUACAGGGCUUACUGGUCUAAGAUGAGGACUCAAUAUUACAGAUAUAAAGCAGUUCAGAUUUGUCCAAAGAUAGAUGUUGCUGGUGUUUCUUUACACUGGAGCUUAGACAAUAGCCAGGGACUCAACAGUCAAUCAGAUGUACUAUUGGAUCCUGCAGUUUCUUAGCUGAGACUGUGACUGGAAUGAACAGAAGCAUAUAGUUUUAUGUAGACACAAUAUGCUGGGGUCAUUUUAGGACUUCUAUCAUGCUUGAGCUAUAGGAUAAAACGCCAGAGUUGUUACAUCCUGUCUCAUCCACACUGCUAAAAUUAAGGUGUAUGGUAAAAAGACAGAUAUUUGAAAAACAAGUAUGAGAUAGGGUAUUGGUAGCUCGACUGUAAGGUUGAGCAAAAACAAAGAUAAAAAUCUACUGCAGUGUUGCACAAAGGCAGCAGUGCUACAGUGAAGCCAGCAGAAAUGGAGGAAAGUGACAAAAGCAAAUUCCAUUUGCUUUGGUUACGUCUGGAAAAGUGGUGGAAUAUCACUUAGACAAGUUCAGUAAGUAUCAGUGAAAAUUGGCUAAUGCACUCUUAAAAAUAAAUUGGCAGCACAUACACUUCAGUGUCAUCACCUCUGAAUAGAGGAAACAAACAGCCAUCUUUUGAGGCAGGCUUUCUUUUGACUCAUUGAAAGGCCUUCAUCCUGUUCCCAGAACUUGACCUAAAUAAAGUUACUACUCCUCUGUUUCUGUCCUUAAAAGCUUCUGAAAUGGGCGUAUUCAAGCAGGGACCGCCCUAUAAAUGGUUGGAUUGCAUCCUCUUCCUCAGUCUUUUUAAGUCCUGGGUAUUGCUACGCGUAGGAGUUGCCAAAUGUUCCCCUUCUGGCUGUAAACAGAACGCGUGCAGUGAAAUGUAGAUUUUUAAAGAAAGCUUUCUAACCUCCCUCAGCAUUUUACAUUUCUUUCCUCAUCACGGCUGGCUGGCUGUCAGCGGGGAAAACAAACUUCAUGAACACUAAAGCGUUAUUUGCAGCCAGUCCUUGUUUGUAGCUGCACGUAUGGCAAUUUUUAAUUAUGUGUUUGCUGCGCUAAAUUAAGCCUGGGCUCUUGGGAGUUAUUGCAGUGGCUUCCUUUAACGCAGCAAUAAUCCUGGUUAAAGUCAGCAUACAUGACGCGUAGCCUUUGGCAACCACGAGAGCCAGCGUUAGGCUGCGGAGAGCAUUUUCCAUCCCCACUUGAGGAGGCGAUCGGGGGUCGGUGCUGUUUGAACUCCCAGCCGCUACUUUCGGAGGGGAAGUGCCCUCGGCUACGUGAGUGCGGCAGCCGAGAGCCCGAAACAACCGCACCGGGAACAGCCCGGACCGGAGGAACCACCGCCGGGCCAAGGGGCAGCAGCGGCGUCUGGGGAAGGGGCGGGGGCAGGGACGGUGUCCGGGGCAGGAGCGAUGUCCGGGGCACUGUCCGGGCGGUGUCCGGCCCCGGCGGAAGGGCGGGCCCGGGCGGCCCCCCAGCGGCGGCCCCGCUCCCGGCCGUGCUGCAGCGGCGGCAGAGCGCCUCGUCAAUCCUCGUCCUUAGUGCGGCAGUACAAUGCUGUUCCGCUUCGGCGUGGUGCUGCCCGGCCGGGUGACGGAGGGCGGCGCGGAGCUGCUGGUGGCCGGCUCGCGGCCGGAGCUGGGCGAGUGGGACCCGCGGCGCGCCGUGCCCAUGAGGCGGGCGCGGCCGAGCGCGCCGCUGCCCGCCCAGGAGCCCGCGCUGUGGCUGGCGGAGGUGGCGCUGCCGGACGAGGACGCCGCCAGCCCCUUCUGGUACAAGUUCCUGCGGCGGGAGGGCGGCCACUUCCUCUGGGAAGGUAGUGGGCCCCACCACGAUCGAAGUUGUGUUUACGACCAGAGCAACAUAGUAGAUGGAGUUUACUGCCUCCCAAUAGCACACUGGAUUGAAGUCUCUGGGCAUACUGAUGAGAUGAAACACACAACCGAUUUCUAUUUUAAUAUCGCAGGACAUCAAGCUAUCCAUUACUCCAGGAUUCUGCCAAACAUCUGGCUGGGAAGUUGCCCUCGGCAGCUGGAGCACGUGACAAUCAAGCUGAAGCAUGAGCUGGGUGUUACAGCUGUGAUGAACUUCCAGACUGAAUCUGACAUAGUUCAAAAUUCCUGGGGCUGCAACCGCUACCCAGAACCCAUGAGCCCCGAAAUCCUCAUGAAACUGUAUAAGGAAGAAGGUCUUGCCUAUGUCUGGCUGCCAACUGCAGAUAUGAGCACUGAAGGAAGAGCGCAGAUGCUGCCACAAGCCGUGUGCCUCCUGCACGGGCUGCUGCAGAACGGGCACACGGUGUACGUCCACUGCAACGCCGGAGUGGGCAGGUCCACGGCCGCCGUCAGCGGCUGGCUGAAGUACGUGGUGGGAUGGAGCCUGCGAAAGGUGCAGUACUUCCUGGCUGCCCGCAGGCCGGCUGUCUACAUAGACGAGGAAGCUCUCACUCGUGCUGAAGAUGAUUUCUACCAGAAAUUUGGGCAUCUUCGUUCCUCGUGCCAAAUACAAGAGUAGGAAAGCAGAAGAGGGAAAGGAAGGGGAAGAGAAGAAUCCUUACAUUUCAACCCCAAGGACUUAAAAAUUUCUGUGACUCAGGCACCCGCCUCACCUCUUCAGAUUAUAAACUUCUUGUAAAAGUUAUGAGAAUUUUGUUUUAAAAGUGCCUUAGAGUGUUUUUAUUUGCUUUCUUUAAGCAUGAUGUUUCCUGUUUUCAAGCGUUUUGGUGCAAUUAUGAGACCUAGAAACUCUGCAAAGUGAAACAAGAUUUUCUUUUAACUACUUGCCUACAGGAACUGAGGUUUUAGGGGUUGACACUAAAUAAGAUAUGAGGUGAGGUAGAGUUGGCAAUAUUUCAGUGACAAGAAAAAAAUGCAAAGAUUGACUGGAUUAAGGUUCAGGUUAGGAUGGAGCAGAUAAUCACCAAACUUCUCUGUUAUUUUAAGCAGAUAUUAUAUUGUUGCAGUGUUUUGUAGAAUUCUGUAGUCAAGUAGUAAUGAUGAGAAAGACCAGAAGGAAAUUGGCUCUUCAACUCAGUAUUUAAAAACAUAAAGCUAAUGUCUAACGCAGUGAACUAAGAUUUGCUCUUUGUCUAUCUAGUUAAUGUUAAAUAUUAUGAGCUCCAGCUGUAUUCUUUUAUGACGUUGGGGUUAUGCUGGGCUGUGGCACGAAGAGAGGACACAGCUCCAGCUGUGGCAGCCUUGCUUUGUUGUGGGGCAGGACCACUGUUUGUUACAUUAUCCUGGGCUGUGGGUUCUCUGAGUUGAAGCUGCAUUUUGCCCUGCCAGUCCAUGCAGUGUUGCACAGGGUCAGUCUGAGCAGUAACCACUGGAGUAAGACAGGACCUAUAGGAAUUGUGUGAUAAGCAAUGUGCAUGACUGGCACCACAGCCUCUGGGCUCUUGACCUACUUUAGUAUCUUCAAUACAGCAAAAGCCUCUCCUUGUGCAAGCAGUGGGUGUGGGUUAGGUUUAGCUGACUGAAGCUAAUGCUGGACUAUCUGGGCUGAAUGAAGUGGAUACAUUCCUCAUAGGAACAAAGAGCAACUCAGGAGCUUAUCCUCAGUGUUGGCUUUGUGGAUGAUCCCUAAUGUUUUCCAUUGCUGCUUGGUCCCUUAGCUAAACUAAGCAGUGGCACCAACAGCUUCCAGUCCUGCUCAGAUAAAACCAAUUUGCUGCAGGUUGAGUUCAACAGAAAAGAGAGGAUUAAGGAUGCAUAAACAUUAAGAAACAUGAUUUCUAUAGGUUUAUUCUUCAGUGAAAUCUCAUUUUUUCCAGCUAACUUGAUGCAGUCAGUGACAGAGAAGUUUAAGUAGUAAAUAUUGAUUUUCUGAAUACUUAAUGGAGAAACUAUUAGAUAUGAACUGUUUAUAGAGAAUGUCCAAAAUAAUACAUUUUAUUUAUCUUAUACUUCAAUCAUCUUAAGAAUAAAAAUGUUUAUUUAAGUUAUUCUGUCUGUGGUUUUGAUCAUGACUUUAUUUUGAUUUUUUUGAAAUAGCACUGCCUGUUUAGGAAAUGGAUGAGAAAAGUUCUCUGUUAAAUAAAGAGAAAAUGUCCAUCCAGC